AUGGUACUCGAGAAGUUUGACUCCCCACUUUACGACCAGUUCAAAUCUCAAAUAUUCAAAGAAAUCAAUUAUAGAACCCAUAAUAAAAAUAUUAAUUUAGAAUCUGUUUCUUUUUUAAAAGGUUUCAAAAUAUUUUUAAAUAUUCUAGUUAAAAAGAUUUCUUUCCCAAAUUUAUCAUCAGACAAAAUAAAUAGUAUUUAUGAUUAUCAAUCAAAAUCAUAUAUUAAUUUAGCCAAAUUUAGAGAUGAUAAUUUCAUAUUCAAACCAGAGUUUUUAUUAGCCUCAACUUUAUUUAGUUUAUUCAAAAAGGAAAAGGAAAAACCCAAUUCUUCAGUUGCCUCAAGUUUAAAAAAAAUAAUUUUACCAUUAAAGAAUAAUAAUGUUAAUGAUAUUAAAUCAUUUUCAAAAGAAUUUAUAAGUAAUGAUUUAAAUAUCGAUUCAUCGAUUCAACAGACAUUCAAUGCUACAUCAAAUCCUAAACUUAGAGCUUUUGUAACUGAGUCUAUUGUUGCCCAUCAUAAUUUAGAUCCAGAGGUUUUAAACAAACAAUUUAUUCCAGAUGAUAUGGUUAACUGUAUAUUUUAUGAUUCUGCCAACCAUAGAUAUAUUGAUUUAAAUCUUUUAAAAUUAGCUAUAAGUAAUCCAUAUAUAGUUACGGUUCCAGCUGCCAAUAAUCCAACAAAUAAAGAUUAUAAGAUUUAUUUUAAUAUAUGCGGAAGGGUAGAAAGGUGUAAAUCCCCGGGUAUAGAUUAUCCAAAUGGCUGUCAAGACUAUAGUGGUAAACUCUAUAAUAUUGGAGAUACAGAAAAAUUUCCAGAAACUACUUUCUCAUCAACUGGUAUGAAAAUUAAACAUUAUGGCCCAACAUUAUCAAAUGAUUGUUUAAGAACAAUGGUUUUGGAUUUUUCUUGUGGUACAAAAGAUUACGAAUUUAUCAAAGCUGAAGAGAAACCUGCUUGUCAAUACAAUAUAUAUAUCAAAUCUAAAUUUGUAUGUGGAGCACCAGGUUAUAUCUAUAAAGAUGGACUUUUUUAUAAUCUUUCACCAUUGGUUUUACCUACAAAUACAAAAGAACCUUACAAAGUUAAAGAUGCAAGUGGAAGAGACAUUUACUUUAAUAUUGGCAAUAAAUUAGAUAAAUGUAAUGGUUAUCAAUCUUGUAUAACAUCUCAAGCAGGAUCUUCAAGUAUGGUCUCUUUAGGAAAGCAGGCAAUAUUGAAUGUAGUCACAAACUUUAAAAAAGGUUUAGAUAUGGUUCACUCCAUUGAUACUCAAAGCACAGCUUCUAUCGGUUGUUCAAAUUCAAAUAUGCAAAUUAGUUUUGUUUGUGAUCCAACAACUGAAAGAAGAUAUUCAUCAACUAUAAAUAAUUGUAAUUUUGAAAUUACAUUUUAUUCAAGAUAUGCAUGUAUUUCAUCUGAGUCUUUAAUAGAGCAAUAUCGAUAUUUUGAUUUUAGUUCUUUAGCAAGACCUUCAUCUGAUGCAUAUGUUGCAGAUGCUUCUGGUUUUAAAAUUUAUUUUAAUUUUGGAAUUGGUGUAGAUAAAUGUGAUUCUCUAGGUAAUGGUUUAUUCCAAGCUUGUCAAAUUUAUCCUAAUGGUCAAAUUUAUGGGUUAUCUAAAUUCAAUUUGGGUUAUACCUCCAUAGAUGAAUCCGUUAAUAGAGCCGAAGAACUCCAAACUUGUGUUUAUUAUGUUACUAUUUCUUCAAAAUUUGGAUGUGACCCUGCUAUUUACUAUAAUAAGGAAUCAAGAACAUAUGUUAAUAUGAAUCCAUUAAAAGAAAUUGAUAGGGAAGAGACUAUUAUAAAAAACUCAGCUUUAACAUAUACUCUCCAUUACUCAAUUGCAGGAACAAAUAAAAAGUGUACAGAUAGUGCCAAAGCCAUUAAAGGGUUGGACUAUCAAUCAUGUCAGAUAUUUUCUUUGCCCUCAGACACAUUUCAAACUGGUGGUUUAUUUUCUCAGUCUGGAAAUUUUGAUUCAUAUGGCCUUAGCUCGAUUCAGUACAAUAGCAAUGAUGGACAAUUUUGUGGCUCAAGUUUGGCCAAAAGAAAAAAUAUAAUAACAUUUACCUGUGACAAGAAUACUGAAUAUUCAGUUACCAAGAAGAGUGAAAAUCCUGAUUGCACUUACCAAUUAUCAGUUAAAACUAAAUUUGCAUGUCUUUCAACACCUCAUCCUUAUCCAUCAAUUUCUCAGAUUUCACCUCAAAACUAUGGUGGCAUCGGUGAUACAAUCACAUUGACAGGCGACUUUUCAUUUUCAAAAAUAAACAACCUAGAAGUUUAUUUCAAAUUUGGCGAAAAAGAACAAUUAGCAACACAAAUAGUCUCAAGAAGCACAAGUCAAUUAAAAGUAGUAGUCCCAAGUGGAGUUUAUUAUGAUAUAACUAUUUUUACUCGUGAUGGUCCAUUUAGUAUCGGUUAUCCAAUUCCAUUUACAAAUGUAAACCCAAACAUUAAAAUUGUUUUAUCAAGCCAAUUCAAAACAAAAGAUAUAAAUAGAUUCUAUGUUGUCAGAGAUAACUUUUUAACUAAAGCCUCUGUUGAUAAAAAAAUAUUCCCAUUCGAGUCGGUUAAUCAAAAUAAAAUUAUUUAUUGCGAAACUAAAUCAAUGUGUGGUAGCUCAACUAGUAAAAUCUCUUCAGUUGCUUCUCCUUCAACUUAUUCAUCAUGUGUAGACUCUACUAUUUAUAAUAGCAAUAAACAAUAUUUUGGUAGUAGUUCAUAUGACAUCUUUAUUUGUGUGAUGCCAUCGAGAGCCAUUGCCAAUGGGAGUAUUGGAUUUUUCAACUAUCGUCAACUUGGUAUUUCAACUGUUUCUUACAACUAUCAAUAUGCAACUCCAGGAAUUACUUCUGUUUCUUUAUCAAGUGCAAGGAUUGGUCAGGUUAUUACUAUUACGGGUUCAGAUUUCCCACCAACACAAGAAUCUGGUAAUAUAAGCUCUGACUGGAAAGAAUGUUCUAUUGUUCUCAAAAGUUCUGAUUCACAAGUUAUUAAUAUAAUAACAAUUAAUUGGAUGAGCUCUACAACAAUAGCAUUUACUGUUCCGGAAGGCCAUGGUUCAAAUCUUAAAGGUUAUGUCAAAGUUGCCGGAAGAGAAUCUAGUACAUUCUUUACAUUCUCUUAUAUAUUAUCUGCACCCGUUUUAACAUCAAUUGACCCACCACAUGUUGAAACUGAUGGUUUAAGUAUUGUUACAAUUGUUGGUGAUAACUUUGUUCCAUCCACUCUUGCAAAUACAAUAAAUUUUGACAGUAUUAACUAUAAAAAUAACUACUAUGUUUUAAUUGGAACUGAAAAAGCAUCAUCUUGGAAAUGGAUCGAUUCUCGUCGUGUUGAGGUUACAAUUCCACCAGGUAUCGGCAGUUUUAUUAUAAAAGUAGUCGUCAAUGACCAACAAUCAAAUUCUUUAACUCAAUAUUAUAAUACACCAACAUUAAAAUCAAAAUUGUACUAUGGUGACACAAAUGGUCAAAGUACACUCACCCUUUAUGGCAAAAACUUUAUUCCAAGUCAAUUAUUAAACAGUCAAUAUACUAUCAACAAUCAAGAAAAUUAUGUAAUGAUCGGUAAUACAAAAUGUUUAAAUCUCGUUUGGAUUGAUUCAACCAUUUUAACUUGCAAACCACCUCCACAAGGAAAUGCUAAUAGUGUGCAACCAAUUACAGUUACUGUUGGUAAUCAAGUAACAGAUUCAUUAGUCGAUUACCAUUACGAUAAAUGCUUUAUUCCGUGUGAUUCAAAACCAAUCAUCGAAACUAAUUCAAAUUUUGUUCAAGUUUUAUAUGAAAAUAGAAUUUGUUCUAAUCAAUAUAGUUUACCAUUAGAAUCAACAAUUGCAGAAACUGAACAAUACUUUAAAAACUAUUGGGUAGAAAAUGUUAUUAGUGAUGAUUGGAAAACUGGCCAAUUCUACAAUCUUUUAUUUGAAAGUUCAAACCAAACUAUUUCUACUCUUUCCCAAUUUAUUAAUAUUUCUGAUUCAAACCUUUGUAUAUAUAGUCGCAUUGAUCCAUUUUCAAUUACUCUCAAUUAUUUACAAACAAUAACAAGCGAUCUGUUAUUCUUAAAAGAGACAGCAAAAUAUUAUGCAACAAUUGAUAGCUAUACGGUAUAUUACAAUAAUGAAACACUUGUUAACUCACAAGGUAUAGCAAUUAUCACAAACAACAAUAAAAUUUGUAGUGUUACACAAGCUUAUAAUGAAGAAAUUAAAAAUUUUAAUUCAAACAUAUUUGGUUCAUGUAUUAGCUCAUGUAGUUUUUAUUAUUGCUCUGAUACUUUACAAAAAGAAGAUGUAAGUUUAAUAGUUUUAGUUAUAUCAAUAUUAGUUUAA